AUGUCCGCCCCCAUCCAGCAUAACGACCACGAUUCCGAUCUCGAACUCGACCUUGACGAACUCGACCCGCAGACCACUCCCCGUCCGCCCUCCUCCCAGAGGCAGAGACGACAGUCCAGCUACGACUUCAGCCAGCGCAUCCCGUUAAGAAACCUCCGCUUUGGUGGCCGGCGGCGGCCUAGACCUGAAGAUGAGGAUGCGGAGGACUUGGAGGCGCUGGUAGGCGACGAUGACCAUGACGAGGCGGAGCGGAAAAGGGAGAGCGCAGGCCAUGGCGGCGAUGAUGCGCCUCUACUCUCCAACGGCAACGGCAGUAUAAGGAGAACACCCUCCCAAUCAGGCCUCUACCAAUACCCCGAGAUCCGCACCCGAAGACGAAAAGGCAUGAUCCAGAAAUACCUCCCCUUCCUCUCCCACCGCGCCACCUCCCUCGCCCUCCCCACAACCUCCCCAGACGACGACUCCACCGACGAACCCAACGACCCCUCCUCCACCCGCGCAAUCCCCAUCGGCCAAUCACCGCCCACCCGCCUCUACCCCGCCAACGCCAUCUCCAACGCCAAAUACACCCCCUACUCCUUCCUGCCCCGCACCCUCUUCAACGAGUUCAAGUUCUUCUUCAACCUCUACUUCCUGCUCGUCGCUCUGUCCCAAAUCGUGCCUGCAUUACGAAUCGGGUAUCUGAGCACGUACGUCGCGCCGCUGGCGUUUGUGGUAUCGAUUACGUUGGGGAAGGAGGCUUAUGAUGAUGUCUUGAGGCGGAGGAGGGAUCGGGAGGCUAAUGGGGAGGGGUAUACGGUGUUGCAGUUUGAGGAGGUGGGUGGGUAUGGGGAUGGUGAGGGGGUGGGGAAGAAGAGGAAGGUUGGGGUGUUGAGAAGGAGGACGAGGGGGAAGAGGAGGAAGGUGGAGGAUGAUGAGAGAUUGAGGUUGAAUGAAGAGGAGGAGAGCGGGGUGGAGGGACAAGGGGUGGGCAGUCCGAGCUCGAGGGUGAGGGAGGUGGUGAAAGCGAGUAAAGAUUUAAGGGUGGGAGAUGUGGUGGUGCUGGGCAAGGAUCAGAGAGUGCCUGCGGAUGUGGUAAUUCUGAAGUCUUUCUCAACCGACACUGGGUCCUCGACUACCGUAGAAGAGGAGGCUUUGUCUGACACAACUCUGGUGGACAUGGGCAACAAUGCCAGGGCACCGGAUGCCAAAAUCCAGCAGGAGGCGAUGGCUGGCAAAGACUUGGACAACGACACCACAUCUUCAGAUCCGAGUGGUGGAGGAGAAGCAUUCAUCCGCACCGACCAACUGGAUGGAGAGACAGACUGGAAGUUACGACUCGCCUCUCCACUCGCCCAAACACUCCCUGCAAGCGAAUACGUCCGCCUCCGAGUCACAGCCGGCAAGCCAGACAAGCGCGUCAACGACUUCGUCGGCACCCUCUCCCUGCACCCCAAAUCCACCAACCCCAGCGCCUACGACCCUCACAUCGACAAACCCACCUCACCCUCCCACCCCGAACCCUCCGACCCCAAAUCACUUCCCCUAACCAUCGACAACACAGCCUGGGCCAACACUGUCCUAGCCUCCAGCACCACCGUCCACGCCGCCGUCCUCUACACCGGCCCCCAGACCCGCGCCGCCCUCUCCACCUCCCCCUCCCGCUCCAAAACCGGCCUCCUCGAAUUCGAAAUCAACUCCCUGACCAAAAUCCUCUGCUUCCUCACCGCAGCACUCUCCUUCAUCCUCGUCGCGCUCGAAGGAUUCGAUCCCGCCAACCCCUCCUCAGACGACGACCCCGAAGCCGACGUGAGGCACAUAUGGUACAUCACCGCCCUGCGCUUCCUCAUCCUCUUCUCCACCAUCGUGCCCAUCUCCCUGCGCGUCAACCUCGACAUGGGCAAAAGCGUCUACGCCUACUUCAUCCACCGCGACCCGGGGAUUCCCGGGACUGUGGUCCGCACGUCGACGAUCCCGGAGGAUUUGGGACGGAUCGAGUAUUUGCUGAGUGAUAAGACGGGCACGUUGACGCGGAAUGAGAUGGUUUUGAGGAAGGUGCAUGUGGGGACUGUGAGUUACGGGGGCGAGGCUAUGGUGGAGGUUGGGGGGUAUGUUGGGCAGGCUUUUGCUUUGCAAGAUGCGAGUGGUGAAGACCAGAGCAGUGGGAGUAGUGGUGAGCUCUUCACGCCUUCCUCGGGGAUGGGAGGGUUUGGAGGUGCGACGACGAGGACGAGGAGGGAGAUUGGGGUGAGGGUGAGGGAUUUGGUGUUGGCGCUUGCGUUGUGCCAUAACGUUACGCCGACAAGCGAGGAGGGUGAGGAUGGUGAGCAGACUAUAGGGUACCAGGCCAGUUCGCCGGACGAGAUUGCUAUCGUACAAUGGACCGAGCAAGUCGGGCUGCGACUGGUCCACCGCGACCGCAAAAGCAUCAGCCUGCAAUUCGUCGCCGACGAGCGGAUCGUGGUGAAAGUUGAGAUCCUGAACGUCUUCCCCUUCACCUCCGACAGCAAACGCAUGGGCAUCAUCGUGCGCUUCUCCCGCAGCGUGGAUCGCGUACGGGACGACGAAGGCGAGAUUGUCUUUUUCCAGAAAGGCGCCGACACAGUCAUGACCUCCAUCGUCGCCGCGAACGACUGGCUGGAUGAGGAGACCGCCAACAUGGCCCGCGAAGGCCUCCGCACACUCGUCAUCGGACGCAAGAACCUGUCACAACAGCAAUACGCCGCCUUCAUAUCCGCCUACUCCAGCGCCUCACUCUCCCUCCAAGGGCGCGAUGCCGCAAUGGCGAAAGUAGUGAAGCAACACCUCGAGCAUGGCCUCGAUCUGCUGGGUGUGACGGGCGUAGAAGACAAGCUCCAACCCCACGUCAAGCCCUCCCUCGAACUCCUCCGCAACGCCGGCAUCAAAAUCUGGAUGCUCACGGGCGACAAGGUGGAAACGGCGCGCUGCGUCGCCAUCUCCUCCAAACUCGUCUCGCGAGGGCAGUACAUCCACACCAUCGCCGGCUUGAAGCGGAAAGAAGCCGCUCUCGACGCGCUACAACUGCUGCACUCGCAACCGACCGCUGCGCUCCUCAUAGACGGCCAGAGUCUCGCAAUAUACCUCACCCACCACAAAGAAGCCUUCAUCACCCUCGCCGUCCGCCUCCCCGCCGUGAUAGCAUGCCGCUGCUCCCCAACCCAAAAAGCCGACAUCGCCCACCUCAUCCGCGCCUUCACCCACAAGCGCAUCGCCUGCAUCGGCGACGGCGGCAACGACGUCUCCAUGAUCCAAGCCGCGGACGUCGGCGUCGGGAUCGUGGGCAAAGAGGGCAAGCAGGCCUCCCUCGCCGCUGACUUCUCGAUAACGCAGUUCUCGCACCUGACGAAGUUGCUCGUCUGGCAUGGGAGGAAUAGCUACAAGCGCUCCGCGAAGCUUGCGCAGUUUGUUAUUCAUCGCGGGCUGAUCAUCUCCGUGUGCCAGACGGUUUUCAGCGUCGCCAGCCACUUCGAGCCCAUCGCCUUAUACCGCGACUGGCUGCUCGUGGGCUACGCGACGGUAUACACGAUGGCGCCCGUCUUCUCCCUCGUGCUGGACCGGGACGUCGACGAGGGGUUGGCAAACCUCUACCCUGAACUCUACAAAGAACUCACGCUCGGCCGCUCGCUCAGCUAUAAGACCUUCUUCACCUGGGUCGGGAUAUCCAUCUACCAAGGCCUCAUCAUCCAAGGCGGCUCGGAACUGCUCGUCCCCUCCUACUCCACCGUUACCCCCAACGCCAGCACGCAUGCCCUCACCACAUCCCCCGGCUUCAAGCGCAUGGUCACGCUCUCCUACACCGUCCUGGUAAUCAACGAACUCAUCAUGGUCGCCGCCGAAAUCACCACCUGGCACCCGGUCAUGCUAUUCAGCAUCCUCGGGACCGCGGGGGUGUUUUUCGGGAGCUUGCCGCUGCUGGGCGGGUACUUUGACCUCGCGUUUUUGAUCACGUGGGGUUUUUGGUGGAGGGUGUUGGCGGUGGCGGGGGCGAGUUUGGGGCCGGUGUGGGGGGGUAAGGUGGUGGGGAGGCGGGUGAGGCCGGGGGGCUGGCGGAAGGUUAGGGGUGUGUGA